GCGCGCGCUCCCGGAACGUGCGCACCGCACCGGGUGCGCGGGUGGGAGGGACUGGUCGACCGCGGGAACCGGAGCCUGAAGUACGGGUGUGGGAGCCGGGGCUCCGGAGGGAAGGUCGUCACGAUGAACACCGUACUGUCGCGCGCGAACUCCCUGUUCGCCUUCUCGCUGAGCGUGAUGGCGGCGCUCACCUUCGGCUGCUUCAUCACCACCGCCUUCAAAGACCGGAGCGUCCCGGUGCGGCUGCACGUCUCGCGGAUCAUGCUAAAAAAUGUAGAAGACUUCACGGGCCCUAGAGAAAGAAGCGACCUGGGAUUCAUCACAUUUGAUAUAACAGCUGAUCUAGAGAAUAUAUUUGAUUGGAAUGUUAAGCAAUUAUUUCUUUAUUUAUCAGCAGAGUAUUCAACAAAAAAUAAUGCUCUGAACCAAGUUGUCCUUUGGGACAAAAUCGUUUUGAGAGGUGAUAAUCCGAAGCUACUUUUGAAAGAUAUGAAGACAAAGUAUUUCUUCUUUGACGAUGGAAAUGGCCUCAAGGGAAACAGGAACGUGACUUUGACGCUGUCCUGGAACGUCGUACCAAACGCUGGGAUUCUACCUCUUGUGACAGGGUCGGGACAUGUAUCUGUGCCAUUCCCAGAUACAUACGAAAUAACCAAGAGUUACUAAAUUAUUCUGAAUUUGAAAAUAUUUUUAUACAUGUUGAAUUGCAUCUCAUCUCUUCCUGGUUUCUUCAUUGAUUUUCUUCUUCUUUUUUUUUUUCUUUUUUUUUUUUUUUUUUUUUUUUUUGUUGUUGUAAGACUCCCAUCAGAAGACAUAGUUGAAGUGAAAGGUUCUGAGCUGCUUAAGCUUGGCUGUGUAGACAGAAAAAAAUCCUCCCAGAGAGAGUGUGAAGAGCGAGGCAGCUGCAUAGGAAGGAUUUAUCAGCCAUGUAAGCUGAAACAUUUAUUUGCAUUAUCUUACGGAAUACAGAAUGAUCAUAAAGGGCUGUUAGAUCUUUAGGUGUCAUAAGAACUCUGAAUUGUAUGUUCUGUGUUCGUGCAAGGCAGUUGCGACUUCUCGUGGGCACUCUCUUAUAUCUCUAAGUGUAUGCUAGAUUACUGGAAAUGCUAAUGUGGUUCUUGGGAAGUCUGGUUGACAGGCGAGCAGAGCGGUUGAAGUUUAUCCCAUUUCCUUUAGAAGUCCCCAUCUUGCUUGCUUUCCUUAGGUGAGUGGCAGCUUUCUCCAAGUAAAGAGUGAGGACCUGUUUGUAUGCUGUAAAAUCUAACAGGCUCAUUUUAAAGUUUCAACACAACCAAGCGUGUAUCAGUGUGUUCAGAGUGUUUAUAUAUCUCUAUAAAUUUUUACCUUCGCCAUCAAAAGUUGAAAAGGUUUGCAUGGGUUACCUCCUGAAUUGAAUUCGUUCCACUGAACUUGCCUCUGUGAUUAACUACAGUUUUCUUAGCUCCAUACUUUAACAGUUGGAAUAGUCAGAACAUUUGUCUGUGCUUUUUCACCCACAGAUUUCUCUCAUGUGUUGAGUGUUGUCUUGAUGGUCCUAAUGAGGUAGCGAGUGCAGAUGUUAGCUCUUUACAGGUGAAGAAACUGAAACCCCGAAACUUACUGACUUGCACCCAAAUUAAAAAGCAAGCAGUGGACAUCUUUUAUACCUCAGUUUACACAUUGGUCACAUAUAAUUUUAUUGUAGUUCAUUACUCUCAUUAUCUGUCUGGGAAUGAGAGAGUAUGAAACUAAUUUUCUAGCAGCCAACAACUUACACAGUGAUAUUUUUGUGUGUAUUCAUUUUUACCCAUGUUAAAAUAACUAUAUAGGUUUGUAAAAUAAUUUAGAGAUUAAAUACGUUAUAUAUGGUUAAAUAUAUAAUUAUAUUUUACAUAAAAUCUAUUUUCCUCAUUGAUAAAUACCCUCAGAAUUAGCAUCUGCAUAUUGGCUACUCUUAAAUGCAAGAGUAGACACUAGGUACAUUCUGCAGUAACCCAAAAGGGCUGUGUACUAGCAAUAGCACAAAUUAGCAUUUGUUCUGUUUACCUCAUGUGUUUAGUGACAUUCAUUGUAACAGCUCUUGUAUGUGGUGGUACAGUUCUUACAAAUGCAUGUGCAUGAGGUUUUCUUAGAAGCAGGAAGGUCAGAGGCGCACCUUGAGAUGGGCACUAGCAUGUUCCUUAAACAUUUCAGGGUUUAUUUGUCUAUAAAAUGAUCCUUUACUAUGAUAGAAAUCUAUGAAAUAUUUUCUGUUCAGCAGAUUAUGAACAGGAAACCACCUUAGUGACCUGAGGUCAGAAAAUUGAUGGAAAGAUUAACAGAGUUCAUAAGGAUCUGGGCUUCUGCUACAUUUUACUCCUACGAAGUCAAGCUUUAUACAUUGAUCAGAUAGUAGAUGUGCAAAAUCUGCCAGUGUCCAAGCUUAGAGGAACUGGGUGUGCCUUGACCAGCCUGGAGCAUUAAAGCCGCACCUCAGUUCAGUUAGCUGCUCACUGUGCCUUUGUGAUGUGUGGUCUCUUGGUCCAGAACAAACUUAACUAGCACUGACACUGUCUAGAAUUACUACGUAUCUGAAAAGCCCAACUCAGGAGUCUAUCAAGGGAAGCCCCGUGUGACAGUGGCCUUUGCUUUUAGCAGACUAAGGGAGUUGCCCAGGAUAGGGCUGCUCCAGCAUGCCACUAGCCCUGUUUCUCAGAACUCGAUCGCGCGAGGGCACGGGUUUAUCAAUUAGUGGUGAUUCUAUAACCUGCAACACCUGUGUGUUUGCUGAGCAUCUCUAGUCUCAGUGCUUUAGGGAAGACUCAGUGCUUCAGCGUCUGAGCCCAUAAGUGAUUCUGUGAAAAGAAGAUGAUCGCAAGAAUGUUGGUAAAGAGGUUGCGCUUAGAAAUGAACUUGAAAAUGUAGCGCACAGCACAUCCCUCUCGGUCUUAACCAGAAGUCUGUGUGCUUUGUGCCUGGCCAUUGCAUUCAGUGUCCUCGAGCUGAACAGAAAAUAACAGCUUCAGAAACUGUGGAAAAUAUAAUAGGAAAACUGGUUAGUUCCAAUUUCUUUUCUGGUAGUUGUUUUAUAGUUCUUCAGUGAUUUGGCUAGCCCAUUAUUCCUGUGAAGAAUUGGAUUUUAAGGAUCUAAAACUUUGAUUGGGGGGCGGUACAGGGGGCUGGUAAGGGAGAGUCUGCUUUCUGAUACUUUAACCUUGUAGCUGUGACCUUUGAUUGUAAGCAAACAUCUAUUUCAAAAGUUUCCCUUGCUUUCAAUAACAAGCCUGUGUACCUUACUGCGAGACUGCCAGUGGUGUAAAGAUGUAUGUUUGAAAAAGUUAUUUCAUAGUUUUUAUGGAAUUUGGGAAGUUGUUUACUUAAAAAACAAAUGUACAAGAAAAUAAUUCAUAAAAAUGCUGAAUAUGUAUGUGCAAAAAUUUUCUUAACUACAAUAAAUAUUCAACAUUUUUCUAUUAAA